AUGGAAGCAAACCAUUUCUCCGGCCUGGGAAGAAAGGUCGCCGCGAGGCAAUCAAUACAAGGCUGCGAUGAUGAAGAAGAAGCACAAGUCCAAGAAGAGCGAUGCAUCUUCAAGAGGAGCGACGAAGAAGGCAAGUCCACAACAGCACAGAAUUCGAGGUUACUUCCAGUGCCUAAGGCUUCUGAGACGUCUCAGGCGAUGAAGCUCAGCAGGACACCGAAGAGGAGUGAGCCUAGUCUGACAGAUUCGGCGACGAUGAGAAUAAGGUCUGCAACGAAGAAGGCGAAUUGCGAUGGAGAGCUCGAGGUCCGCGACGCCGGAGACUUCGAAAAUGCUGUUAGUGGCCAAGGCAACGGACCGCGAACUCGCCAGGAACCCGGCGAAGUUUCGUAUGACAGGAGCCCCAAAAGAGCAGGACUGUUCGAGGUCGAACCUCCGGGUAUUCUUUCUUGGCGUGAGCAGUUCUACGAACACACCUCUCACAUACCAUUUCGCGAGGACUACCUCAUCAGUCGCAAGUCCUUGCUCAAUCGACCUGCAGUCUCCUCACCCGAUAGUGUGUUCAGCCCGUCACAAGACGGGCGCCGAGUCGACGCACUACUACGCAAAGAUACCGGAUACGAUGCUUCAGCAGAAGAUCGGCCCGCCGCACCUGUGUCAGUCGGCCUUCUCAUCAUACACACGUAG